AUGGCCGCGUCGGGCAGUGCAUUCGAUGCUAAAGGCUUCCAAUGGGUGGCACAGCUGCCGCAAGCAUGGGAGUCAAAGCGUCCUCUCCGAGAGCGCAGCCUGGAGGGCCGAUGCCUCUUGCGUGGAGUGAUUCAGCCAGGGCACGGUAACCGAGAGGUUGUGAAGGGAAAUAUCGAAUGCUGCAAACUGAACAGCGAUGUCCUGCUGAUUCUGUUGAGGAUCAUGGCCGAUGAUGCUUGCAUUUUUGUGCCAAAGGUGUUUCUGCUACAGGGAGCUAUGUUGGAGUUUCAUUGCCACGCCGGUUAUCCAGAUGCUGCAUCGUUGGGUGUUGCUGCAUACUCUGACGGAUGGGGGUUGAAGCGCAUGCUCACCUUUGUGAAGCGAAAGUGGAUGCGUGGUCAGAACGCCCGCGACAGGACCUUUCGGAGGAUGGUGGCUGAGUUCCAGCGAGCUUACGAAAAUCUGACGAAUGUAGCCUUGCUGAAUGGGGUUUGCACAAGCAUGUCUGUCUGUCAAUCGCCAAGAGAAGUGUUCUUUCAUCAAGGUGGUUGGGGAGCGCCUGGCCAGAGCAUGGAGAGCUGGAGGUGA